AUGGAACGAAGAGAGCAAAAAGGGACUAACCGAGUGACAACCCAACAGCUUUCAAGAAUGGCAAGCGCCCUAGAAACAGCACCAGAAAUCGCGAAUAACGGAGUGAGGGGUCCGCAGACGGUAUUUUGGAGAAAAGUUGCUAAAGAAUUGAACGAACUUGGACCGGUAGUUAGAGAUACGACAUCGUGGAAGAGGGUUUGGUUUGACUAUAAAUUUAGCGUAAAGAAACGAGUAAAACAGCACAACGAGGACAUAGAGGACGGUGUUUACCCCAGGCAGCUUUCUCCUAUACAGGCAAGAGUUGCAAAGCUGUUAAACAUGGAAGUCAAGAAAUCGAAGUUGAUACAAGCCACAUGUUCCAGUUCCGAAGACAUGCACAGCGAUGAGACAACCGGUUUCAAGGAUGAAACGUUCGAUCCGGAAGAUUCAAACCCGCUUUCGAGUAUGAUGCGAGAUGCGUCCGAUGACACGAUGAACCCGUUGGCGACGCGCUCUUUACCAAGAGCGAUCAAUGCGUGUCAUAAACGACUGGAAAAACUUCCCAACAUUACCAUUGUAAAGCAAAAGCAUGAUCGAGAUCCGUUAGCCAACGGUGCUGCUGCCAACAGCACUGUCGCCGAUGAAGAGUCCAACGCUGUACCGUCGUUCAGUACGUCGCGGAAAAGAGCAAGAGAUGCAAACUUUCACAAAGCUCUGGAAACUAACAAAGCAAUGAUUGCUGUGGUGAAUGCAUCUCUAAUCGCUAACAAGGAGCUAACCGCUGAGAUGCGAGCCAUGUCGAAAUCCUGCAACGAACUGAACGAGAAUAUGAAAAAUAUGAAUAGUACGAUGCGGGAAUUGAUAGAAGUAUUAAAAAACAAAUAA